AUGGAAACUAAGAGGACUCAGGAUCUGCCUCAGGCGAAUGCCCGGAGGCGAACUGCAGCAGAGCACAAGACACACAAGCGCCUGCGACUUGUAGGUGGGGCCUUGGCCGGCAAGAGAAUUACUUCUGGAAGGGGUGAAACAACGCGGCCCAUGAUGGAGAAGGUGCGGAAGGCAGUUUUUGACAUGAUGAUGUCAUUUGCGGGCGGCAACCCGAGCUUUUUGGAAGGCACGAGGUGGCUGGAUCUUUUUGCUGGCACCGGCUCUGUGGGCCUGGAAGCGCUCUCACGCGGAGCUGCACACUGCCAGUUCAUAGAGCUGGACCCCUGGGUCAUCAACAAUGUGCUCAGCCCUAACAUUGAGAGCUGCGGCGCAAGCGACAGCACAGUCAUCCACUCUGGCAAGGCGGAGGCGUUCCUGCAGCGAGCAAGGGAUGCGACUCAUUUCUCCAGCAAGCCUUUCGACUACAUCAGCGUGUGCCCGCCAUAUCUUCUGGUGUCCUACGAGGAGCUCUUUGACCUGCUAUCCACAUCCCCGCUGCUUCACUCUGGAUCUGUAGUCUUUGUUGAGUACCCGCAGAGCGCCUCCAAAAUAAUCCCAGACACUCUGGGGCCGCUUGCGCUGUUGCGUGACAGGAAGUACGGCAGGACGCAGGUUGCUAUUUAUGGGCCCUAUGAAGACUGA